UCAGCAAAACAGAAUUCCCGUUUCAGAUUCGUGUUUUCACAAAACUGCGCCCACCCCUACGACCUACGAGGAAUGUCCUUGGCAGCACGCCAGAAACACAUACAUGAACUCGCAUAAUAAUUAACCGUUUUUUAAUUUAAUAAUAUCCACAAAACUUUUCUAUAAAUUCAGAAUAUCCCCCAUCCCUAAAUUCACUAUCACUCAAUUAAUUAUUUUAGUUAUCGAGAGAUGACAGGUGGUUAUUUUUUCACAUAUUUUCUUAUUUCAAUUGCGUUGAUAAUUUCUUCUAAUAAUUCGAAUUCAGUUUCCGCCGCAAGGCCAGCAUCGGGAGAAACAAAUACGGAUUUUAUCCGAACCUCCUGUAAGUCAACCACUUAUCCAACUCUGUGUUUCAGUUCAUUAUCAAGCCGUUCAAGUGCUAUUGGAGUUUCUCCACAACUUUUAGCCCAUGAAUCUCUCUCCGUUAGCCUCGAAACAGCUCAAUCAACCUCCGCUAUGAUGUUGAAAUUGUCACACAGUCAAGGCAUGACGCCCAGAGAAGUAGGCGCCAUGCGUGACUGUGUGGAGGAAUUAAGUGACGCAGUGAGUGGAAUUAAAAAAUCUUUAGGGGAAAUGAAGGAAUUGAAGGGAAAAGAUUUUGAUUUGAAAAUGAAUGAUAUUCAAACAUGGGUGAGUGCCGCCUUGACGGACGAGGACACGUGUACCGAAGGGUUCGCCGGAAAAGUGAUGAACGGGAAAGUUAAAACAGUGGUGAGAGGAAAAAUACUUGAAGUUGCUCAGUUGACAAGUAAUGCUUUGGCUUUGAUCAACAGACUUGCUGCCAUUCACGGAUAAAGUGUAAUUAAUUUAUUAAUUAAAACAUACAAUUAAGUAUAUAAAUAUGCAUAUAUGUUUUUAAUGAAUCUUCAUUUAGAAAAAAGUUUAGUUAAUUCAUGAUCAGUUCAUUGCUGUAAUGUAUUAGAUAAGAUGUUUUGUUUGUGAUGAAUUUCUUAAAUGAAAAUGUUCCGUUGCAUGCAUAA